AAAAAUAAAUUCGAUGACAAGUCUGGUACACCCCAUUCCGUCAGACUAGAUGUGAGUAAUAAUCUUUUGAAAAAUAACUACAUGCCAUUAAUUAUUUCCGCGGCAUCUCUAAGUUCUCAAUAUCCACUCGGGUCUACUGAAAAGGCCAUAAGAAAGUAAGAAAAUGUUGGGCAAAUGUAUAUUUACUUGCUAUUACAUUGAAAUUCCAACAACUUAGAAGCACUAUAAGAUUUGACGAGGACAAUCGGUCCAUCUAUUUCGACGCUUCCAUUGGAAUUUGUAGACUACUGUGGUAGGUUUUCUUAUGAGAUGGCCAGCUGUAUGCUCCACUCCCUCUUCACUGGCUCGCCAUUGCCGAGCCCUGAUGAGAUCUUGCGCUCGACACUCAGGUCUGGGUACAGGGAAGAAGGUGCACGCCACUGCCAUCACGAGUGGCCUCCUCAACCUUCCGAAAACAUUUCUUCCCAACAUUAUUCUGCACAUGUACGCUGCCUGUGGAGAUGUCUUGGCGGCACGCAAACUGUUCGAUGAAAUUCCCAUAACAGAGAAGGAUACGGUCGACUGGACCACGCUUAUGGACAGUUACAGCCGCGGUGGGUUAUCCAUGGAUGCCCUUAGUUUAUUUGUUAGCAUGCGAAGGGAGGGGGUAUUGAUCGACGAUAUCACAAUGGUUUCCGUGUUCAGUACUUGCUCUAAGGUGGGAAACAGUGUGUUUGGAAUUCAAGUCCAUGCUUGCAUGAUCAAAAUGGGUUUAAAUUUUUGCGUCAAACCGGGGAACGCUGCUAUGGAUAUGUAUGUCAAGUGCGGGCUAAUGGGCGAUGCUAAGACGUUGUUUGAUGAGAUGACUGGAAGAAAUGUUGUUUCCUGGACUGUGCUAUUAUGGGGUGUGAUGAAAUGGAAAGGACUGGAGAGAGGGAAGAAUUUGUUCGAUGAAAUGCCGGAGAGAAAUGAGAUUGCUUGGACUAUAAUGAUAGCGAGGUACGUAGAGAAUGGGUUUAAUAAGGAGGCUUUUGGGCUUCUGACAGAAAUGAUCUUUGAGUAUGGAUUCCACUUGAAUUGUGCUUCCCUUUGCUCAUUGUUAUCGUCUUGUACCCAGUCGGGGGAUGUUGUAAUGGGUAAAUGGGUGCACACAUAUGCACUCAAAGCAACAAUAGAUGCCUUAACGGAUGUUAAGUUUGGCACGGCGUUACUCGAUAUGUAUGCUAAAUGUGGUCGGAUUAAUACUGCUAUUCGAGUAUUCAUGUCUAUGCAUAUGAGGAAUGUGGUUACAUGGAAUGCCAUGCUUGGUGGAUUGGCCAUGCAUGGAAAGGGUGCUAUGGUUUUGGAAAUGUUUGAUCAGAUGUUAGAAGAGGCCAAACCAAAUGAUGUGACUUUCACAGCUGUGUUAAGUGCUUGUAGUCACUCUGGGUUAGUUGAUGAAGGUCGGCAAUUGUUCUACAGCCUUGAAAAUGUGUAUGGCAUAAGGCCUUCAAUGGAGAACUACGCAUGCAUGGUGGAUCUUUUGGGUCGGUCUGGACGUCUCGAAGAAGCAGAGGCUGUGAUACGAGGCAUGCCAAUGAGACCAAAUGAGGUAGUCCUGGGGUCUUUGUUAGGAGCCUGCAACGUGCACAGAAUGCACGAGCUGGGGGAACGUCUUGUAAGAGAUCUGGUUCAGAUGUAUCCAUACAACACUGAGCAUCAUGUCUUGCUCUCAAACAUGUAUGCUUUGUCAGGCAAGAUAGAUAAAGCUGAUUCUUUGCGCAGGGAUCUAAGAGACAAAGGAAUCAGAAAAGUUCCAGGAAUUAGUACCAUGUAUAUCAACGGAAAAAUUCACCAGUUUAGUGCAGGGGAGAAAUCACAUCCAAGGAUCAACGAGAUAUACUUGAUGUUGGAUGAGAUGAUUCGGGAGCUAAAAUUGGCCGGUUAUGUACCCGACACAACCUCCCAGAUCAUAUAUGGUGGUGGCGGCGGUGGUGGGGAUGAUGAUACCAAUGAGCAGGAGGAAAAGGAGCGAGCUUUGCUGGCUCAUAGUGAGAAGUUGGCUGUGUGUUUUGGUCUAAUUAGCACAAAAGCUGGGACUCCUCUUUAUAUUUUUAAGAACUUGCGAAUAUGCCAAGAUUGUCAUUCUGCAUUGAAGAUAGCGUCGAAAAUCUACAAUAGGGAAAUAGUUGUAAGAGAUCGCAAUCGAUUUCACUCAUUCAAGAAUGGUUUGUGUUCAUGUUCUGAUUACUGGUGACCUAGACCAUAGAAUCCAGGGAAACGUGAACAAACAUGGAGAUCAAUGUAUUGGAUUUUCAAAAUGUGUUACUUCAUUUUAUGCAACAGUUACGCUUACUGACUCCCCAUUCAUAAUCCUGCCAUUCUUGUCG